CGAUUUGAUUUAUGUUGGAAAUGAAUGUUGGUAAACCCCUGAAUAUUACUCACAGUGGAGCCGAAAGUGCAUCUCUCAGCUUCUCCCUGCUGGCUGUGGGGACACAGCCUGUCCUCUGCCUCUCUACCUGUCACCCAGCUUCCGUGUCCAGGCUGCGGUUACUGAGCCUGUGCUUCGUUAGAGUCUCUUUCUGCUUUACACAACGCUAUGAUCAAAUAGGGCUGCUUUCCCACCUGAGCUUGCAUCAGUGCAAUCCCAAGGGAAGAGUGAGGAGAGAGUUCUCGUCAUAGCCUGGCUGACCCUGAGGGGUGCGAUUCCCCACACGGGCAAGUUCCUGCUUCAGCAAGGAAACUGCCCGUCUGAACAGGCUGAGUGUGAACAGGCCGAGGGAGGGAGAGAGUGCAAUGUGAGAAAGAGGAGGCGGGAAGAGAAAGGAAACAAUCUGAAAGGAAAUAUUGUGUAUUGAGACUUUCACAAGGAAAAGAGUAACAUGUUCUUUUACUAAACCUUUACACGGUCCAUGUAGACUGUUGUGGGAUUGCUCACUCAUCUCGGAUGAUUCAGUAAUCUGGCUGCAGAGGGAGGGAUCAGAAAAAUAAAGAUCUCUUCAGUUAUAAACGUCAGCUGUGUCAGUUUAUACAGGGGGAUCAGACAGACCAGACGAGAAGAGGCUGUGCUGAGGCGGAGUUUGUCAGCUUUUGGAAGGAGAGAAGUGGUGCGUGUCUUUACUCAAAAUGAAACUUCUUGGCAGUAUUUAAAGAGCAGCUGCCGGAGACGAGGGACAAAGACCUCGCAGUGGAGGAGCAGAAGAGCACGGACAUCCUGCAGCACUGUGGACAGCGACUCCUCCCUGGCGCCAUGGCAACACUGCGGGCCGCUCUGCUGGCGGGACUGCUGCUGGGCUGUGCACGAGGUAACGACAUGGGCUCGCUGGACUGCUGCCUCAGCACCAGCAGCAUUCCCAUCCCCCUCUCCAUCUUGAAAGACUAUCAGGUGCAGAACCCAGACCAGGGCUGCCGGAUCCCCGCCGUGGUGUUUAUCACCAAGCGUGACAAGAAGCUGUGCGCCCCUCAGGACCUGCCUUGGGUGAAGAAUAUAAAGAAAUGGCUUAACCAUCAGGGCAAGAAGAAGAGCCCACACUGGGGGCACCAUUGAGAUGGGGAGCAGGCUGAAGGCCUGGACUGUGUGAGUCCUAUCGGCAAGACAACCUGUACUCCUGGCCCGCACAGUAUUGCCCUCCAAAUUCCAAGAAGAUUCCAAAUUUCUGAAACUCUGCCCAUCUGUUACCUGACCAAUACUGUAACCCUUGUAUACGCCUGUGCUACACUGAAUGUUUUCUUACCUGCAUUUAAAAAUAUAUAUCGGAAUAUAUCAGAAUUUGUGUAAUAAAGUUGAAAAAAAAAGA